UAAUGUUUUACAUUUUGGUACCGCCUUCCGCAUUGGCGGGAUUGGGGUCUCCAUUUUUGCUUCGCAGGUUGCCUUCUAGCCCAGGACUUUAUCGUGGUAAUCGUCUAUUGCCUUAACUUAUGAUAACUAAUUAUAAAUACUUCGAUAGAUAAGCUAUCUAAAAAAGUGAUAACAAACCGGAAUCAACUCGCUGGAGCCUCCGAGCGUCAAAAGAGCCCCAUUUUCCAUUUUAUUCUUCAGGUAUCUUCUUCCCUUCUCCGUACUGGAGCGUGCUGACCCAAGUCCAAGCUGGGAUUGCAGCCCCUAAUUUCCACUUCACGCAUUAUGCCGUUGAAUUACGGCCCAAUCAUGCAUGCCCGGUCACCUGACAAAAGUGUCAACACCGAUCAAAUGCGGCUGAGACUCGCGUCCUUCCACCCUCCCUCCACUUCGCAAAUGCACAUCAUCAACCGUCGAGUCCGGCUACAAUCUACCGUUCCUAGAAAUGGCGCCGAAGCGAGUCAUGAGCCUUUGGCUGUUCGUACAUGUCAGCCAGGCCCUCACGUCGUUCAGACCCGAGUGUCCGCUGCCCUCUCCCGGCACAGAAUUCGUCUCGGGGCCCAAUGUUCGGAGCACCCUAAGCAUUGUCUGGAACUGCCUCUCAGUCAUUUUUCUCUGCACUUGGAACAUCCAGCACUUGAAUGUCCCUGCCCUCCGACGUCGCCCUAAUGGCUUCCUCCAGAAGAUGUGGUGGCGAAUUCUCGACUCAAGGACCAAGCUCAAGUGGAUGAUCUUCACCGUGUUGGCCCCCGAGUACCUGGUAGGGAAGGCUUUGGGUGAGAGAUUGGCAGUAAGAGGGACGGACUGGUUUCUCAACGGCAAUGCCCUGGACAAUGCUCCAUUCGAGUCGAUACAUGGCUACUUGUGUAAUAUGGGGUAUUUCAUACUCGACGUUGACGACUCUAUGUUUCCAGCAACCAACCAAGUCCAGGAACAAGAACCCAAUAAAGAUACGAUAACUAGCUCCGCUCUACCGCCUCAGACGACUCCAGGCGAGCCAGAGAAAUCGCCGCCAGGUGAGCAAUACAAGGAGAAUGUCGUGUCAAAAUCGGACGAAAUUAAUCUCGGCCGUCUCAACGGGCGAUACUUGGCGCUGAACCUGAAUCAGUGGCAUUGUGCCUCGAAGAUGGGCAUGGGCCGAGUGCCGUUUAUCCCAUCGCAGCAACUGGAGAAGCUCGACAGAGGCGGCGCACUGGUCAAGGGUCUCGCCAUCGUCCAGGUUGCCUAUUUGAUAGUACAGCUCGUUGCCCGCUGGGCCUUCGGAUUGCCGUCGACGCAAUUGGAAAUCGCCACGCUAGCGUUCUCCGUCUCGAGCGCCAUCACUUAUGUGCUUUACUGGGACCGGCCCCAAGGCGUCGAUACAAUCCACAUUGUUCAGGCGAACCCUAGGAGGCACAAUGAUCCCUCCGUAGGAGUUGUGCCAUCCGAUCUUCUAAAUGUCUGGCAUCGGCCAGAUUGGUCCUUCGAGAAGUGCCGCGCCUGCCUUGCAAAGUUUGGCCCCAGCUACCUCUGGCACGGGCCGCGAAGCUACUUCCACGAGCCAGACGUCGGCCCAAUCCCAAUCCCCAACGAUGCUAGUAAUCCGGGUGGGACAGACUACAUGCGCCUGAUACGCAACUCCAUACACGGCUUCUUCGCUGAUAAUGAAGAUACGCUCCCGAUUGUCUUCGGUGCAAUCUUUGGCGGCGCCCUGUUCGGCGCUCUGCAUUGCCUGGCGUGGAACUUCGAAUUCCCCACGCGUGGCGAGAGACUUGCUUGGCGAGUCUGCUCAGUUCUGACCACGGUAUUGCCUAUCGUUGCUGCGUUCCCUAUGGUCAUGUGGAUACGCCUCAAUCCAUUUGGCGUAGACCCCAAGAAGGGAAUUAUUCGGACUGCAGUCAGCCUUGUUCUCGUCUUCGGCAUCUUUCUGCCCUAUGUGCUGGCGCGGCUGUUCAUCAUGGUCGAAAUCAUCAGGUCGCUGGCGUUUCUGCCGCCCGGAGCCUUUGCCGAUACAUGUUCUGGGUCGUUUCCGCACUGGGGCUAAUUUCGCAUCUAAUAGUGAUAUCCUCGUCUUUUACUGGCUUAGCUUGAAACUCUUGCCCAGAUAUUUACUAUAAAUAUUUGGUUUCGUCUGCUUGAGGCUCUACUGAACGAGGGGCUUCCAUAGUUAUAUCAUGCAAAACCGAAAUAGCUUAUACCCAUUCUUACGCACACACUAAGAUGAACACAGUUAAAUAUUUCCUAGGUGCAGCGAAAUGUCAAACAAUCGAGUGGCACAGACAGAGUCAUACCAGCCGACUUAUGAACCUUGUUGAGCUAGAGACAGUACCACAAUCGCAAGCGUAGAGCGACACAGUUAGGGUAGUUAAGGUUGUUUUUAGGGUCGAUUUACUAUAUAUAUAUGUCGAGAACCACUUGAAAGAUGUUAUUGUAUGAAGAAAACGCGAUAAUUAAACAUUAACAUUUAUUUUGAG